AUGUUGUUGUUUAAACAUUAUGACUGGUAUAUAAACCCCUGCAGUCCAGAGCACACUUCAGCAGUCGAUAGGAGCCGCCUACUGCCGCCCACCGCCACCAUGAAGUUCGCCCUCGCUCUCCUCGCCGUCGUAGGCUUAUCCGAAGCCGGCUGCCCAUAUCCAUCGAGCAGGGGGCAGCCGCAUCCGUGGGGGGCUCCUCUAUUUCAUUUACCUUUACCAGUACUGCCUCCAGCUCCAGCUCCAUGCCCUCACCAUCAGCAAUUCCCCGCCCCAGCGCCAUCGCCAGCUCCAGAUCCAUGCCCUCAUCGUCAUCAAUUCCCCGCCCCAGCUCCAACAGCGGCCGCACCUAACCAACUGCCCUCUCUCUCGCAGCUCCAGAGCUUGCUGAGCUCAUUCGGAGCAGCUUCGACGACUGCUGCUCCAGUGGCAGUGACUUCUACCACUCAGGCUCCAACUGCUGGAACACCGUCUCUUGCUGAAUUACAAGCUCUAUUGAACGCAUUGGGAAUAUCACUUCCAGCAGUCACUACCCAGGCUCCAGCAGUCACAACACAAGCUCCAGUGACUGUAGCACCUACAACUGCUGCAUCAGCUGGAACACCCACCGAUGCUCAAAUACAGGCCUUUUUGAAUGCAUUGGGAUAA